GCGACCCGUUAGGCCCCGGAGACUGUGGGUUUGACUGGGCCGCGGGGCCCUCGCUUCCGCUGGGCAUCACCGCGAGACCGGUUCGGCGCCCAGCAUUGGCCUCUGUGAACUCUGCUUCUCCAUGCAAGAAAACCCCAAGGAGGACUGACCAGUUCUUGAAUUUCUAAACCAUGGCCCAUGGAUCGGUGAUGUUCAGUGAUGUGUCCAUAGUCUUCUCUCAGGAGGAAUGGGAAUACCUGGACUUGGAACAGAGGGACUUGUACAGAGAUGUAAUGUUGGAGAACUACAGCAACUUCGUCUCAUUGGGACGCUUCAUUUCUAAACCAGAUGUAAUUUCCUUAUUGGAGCAAGGAAAAGAGCCCUGGAAAGUUGUGAGGAAAGGAAGACGACGAUAUCCAGAUUUGGAGACCCAGUAUGAGACCAGGAAGUUAUCCUCAGAAAAUGACAUUUAUGAAAUAAACUUAUCCCAGUGGAAGAUAAUGGAAAGAAUUAAAAACCAUGGCCUUAAGGACCUCAUUUUAAAAAAUGAUUGGGAGUCCAAAAGAAAAUUUGAAGGGCAAGAAGGAUAUUUCGGUCAAGUGAAAAUUACAUCUCAAAAAGUGUCCUCUUACCAGAAACGCACAUCUCUUACUCCACAUCAGAGAAUUCAUUUUGUUGAGAAACCCUAUGAAUGUAAGGAAUGUGGGAAGGCCUUUAGAGUACGCCAACAACUUACUUUUCAUCACAGAAUUCAUACUGGUGAAAAGCCCUAUGAAUGUAAGGAAUGUGGGAUGGCCUUCAGACAAACUGCACACCUUACUCGACAUCAGAGACUUCAUUCUGGUGAAAAACUGUAUGAAUGUAAGGAAUGUGGAGAAUCUUUCAUGUGUGGCCCAGACCUUAGAGUACAUCAGAAAAUUCAUAUUGGUGAGAAGCCCUAUAAAUGUAAGGAAUGUGGGAAGGCCUUUAGGUUGCGCCAAAAACUUACUCUACAUCAGAGCAUUCAUACUGGUGAAAAACCCUUUGAAUGUAAGGAAUGUAGGAAGGCCUUUAGACUUAAUUCAUCCCUUAUUCAACAUCUGAGAAUUCAUUCUGGUGAGAAACCCUAUGAAUGUAAGGAAUGUAAGAAGGCCUUUAGACAACAUUCACACCUUACCCAUCAUCUGAAAAUUCAUAAUGUUAAAAUAUAAGAAAAUCUUUUUGUUCUGUGUUGUAGAACACUCUAUGAAUGUACUAAGUAAUCCCUUUUGCUUCAUACAUGUAAUUGACUUGGCGUAAGAGGUUUUAUAUCUUAAAAGAAUAAGUUAAUUUAAUAUAUUCUACCAUCACUCAAACCUGAUGAACUUCACAUUCAUUCUAAAAACUAAUCCUAUUAAUAUAACAAAUGUGGGAAAGACACAUUGUCAUCUCUAUCCCAUUACUUUCCUACUUGUGUUAUAUUGAACAAGGUGAUUAACUGCUCUGUGAUAUAAGUUAUUCAUUUAUAAAAUGGUACUAUAAUACUGCGGCAGAGUAAAAAUUGCUGCAAAUUCAUUGACACUCCUCCCAUUAAAAGGUGGAAUCCACAUCCUUUACCCUUGAAUCUGGGCAGACUGUGACUUUGACCAGUAGAAUAUAGUAGAAGUACUGCUGUGACAGUUCCUGGACCAAGGCUUUACUGGUAGAUUUUACUUCAUCUCCUGGAAUACUCUCUCAAGUUCAGACCUUGAACUGUUGUGUU